GCGUCGACCGCCGACCGCCGUUGAGGAAUCUGACAGCACGGCGUGCUGUCAGUGCAACAAAGUGUCAAAAAAGUGCAUCCAAAGCAAAACAAAUCGACUCCAGCUGAUUGCACGCGAAGUCAUUUUACAUAACUUUUAAGAGGGCGCACGCCGAAGCACCAAAUACCAUGGGCGGUUGGAUGAUGGAAGUCGGCAGGAUGGCCCUCUACAUGACCUUCCCGGUGGCGAUGUUCCACUGGUUCAAUCAGCCGGAGUACUUCGAGAAGUGGGUGACGGAAACAAAGCGGCAGAUCUACCCGCCCGAGAACAAGGAACACCGAGAGGCCGUCGAGAAUUGCAUCCGAACGCUGCGGGAGAAGAAGGACCGGGAACUGCUGGCGGCGCUGGAAGAGUUGGAACGGAAGGAGAAGCAGUAGAUGCGUGCGGGUUUUGUUUUGGGACUUGUACAAAUAGCGAAUAAAUUGUGAAAUACCUAUAUGUUGACGCAACAGUAA